UAUCUGCUCCGAACCACUGAUUCGAAACAAAAGAUUCGAAGCAGUGUUUUGAAAUCGGCCAUCACUAGAUAUUGUUGAAAAGUCGUUAUUUUGUUUUUGGUCUUACUUGGAACGACAUGAGGAUGAGUAAUAAAUGACAUUAUUUUCAUUUUUGGGUGAACUAACCCUUUAACGCCAAUAUAGUCCUUCGUAUUCCACGUUCCAGGCACACAUGCUCAUUCAUUGGCUCAUUAUGAACCGGACAUUUUCGAGAUACGUGAACAAUUUCGGCUUCGAUUUUGCAUUCAGUCGAUAUAAUUUUCAGGAAAGAGACAUCACAGAUGUUGUUACAGGAACAAACACAUGUUGCCAUGUGGCAUUAAUACCAACCUGCCGUCUAAAAAAAAAAAAAAAAAAAAAAAAAAAAAUUAAGCACCGCCACCCCAACAACAAACAAAAAAUGACUGACGCAUCUAUAGACCACUAAGGUGUAGGUUAAUAGCAGAGUAAACCAAUAGUAGUGAAGAGUGGGCGGUUCUAAUGUGUUUCUCAAUUUAACUUUGUAACGUAAUAUUACCUUACUAUUUUAGUCGACGACUAGACUUGUGUUUGAAGGUCUAUUAAACCUCAGCUACUAACAUCUCCAAGUUUGUCGAGAAUUACAGGGUCGGUGGAAAUGCAUUUAUUUUGCACGUCGCUUGUUUUGUGUGUGCUCUCUGCAUGUCACAUGGUCACAUCCACCUGUGAUGGGCUCUUGACUUCUGAAGAUGCUGAAUUCUGCAAGGGAGAGUUAAAGCUGAUUUACCCAGAUCUGGUUAUUGAUGAGUGCUUGAUCAUCCCUCAGAGGAUCAGAGAGAAGAUCAGUAAGGAGUGGGGAUCACCUCAAGUACAGCUGCCCAGUGCUAAUGAGGAGAAGAAAUACACUUUAUUAAUGGUGGACCCAGAUGCUCCAAGUCGUAAGAAACCCUCUCGUGCUUACUGGAGACACUGGUUACUGGCUGACAUUAAGGGGGAAGCGCUCAAGACAGGAGAUGUCAGAGGCAUUGAACUAUCCGCAUACACCCGCCCCACUCCACCUCAAGGCACUGGGCUCCACCGCUACCAGUUUCUUGUAUUUGAGCAGCCUGAAGGCCAGACCGUGUCCCUCAGCCCGCAGGAGAAGAGCUCACUGGGGAACUGGGAUCCACAGGCAUUUGUUCAGAGGUUUGGUCUGGCUGGCCCAGUGGCUUCACUUCAGUUCCUCACCCAAAACCACAAGGACUAAAGAACACCUCCAACCUGCAACUGAACUUUGACCUCUGGCCUUCUUACACGCUAUGACUAAUUGUUUGCCUAGUUCUGAUAUUAUAUCCCAUAAUACUCUAUCGCACAUCAGUUUCUAGGGGCAUGUUAAACUAAUGACUGACACACACUGUUGUUUCCUCAUGUUUGAAUUGUAACUUGUAGAAAUGUGUUUUGAAGUAAUAUCACAUAAUAUCUCAUGUAAUAUGUUCACAAAACUUUGAAUUAAAGCCAUAUUUACAUCA